GCUUGUCACCACUGACUGCUGCACACGGAGGAAACGGUACGCUGCUCUCUCUCGGGCUGUGCUCAGACCCUAUCUCUUAUCUCACCCGCCCUCGGUCUGUUUACACGCAAAACAGUCCGUUGUUGACUGGAAUACGAUACGAAGAUCCUGCUACUAGGCAGGUUUUCUACACGUGUUCUACUGCUCAGUAUGCCAGAACGCAUGGACUAAUUUAACGACGAUGGCUUCGUUGCGAAUGGUCUCCAAACUCCGGGCUGGAGUUGUCGGAUGUACUAAACCGUUCCCCUACGCACUCAAAACAACCCGAUCUCCGGUGAAAUUACUGCAUACGAUCCAUCCCAGACAGCCACAGUGGAGGUGUCCUCCCCAAGUGGUCUUCUGCAGUACUGUAGCACCCUCUAGUGAUGUGGUGUUGCAGUAUAAACAUGGACGACCGGUGCUGGCUGUGCCGCUACCCUCCAGGCAGGAGAGCUGUCUGUUCUUCCUCAGGCCCAUGUUAAUGACUGUAGGAGACCUCAUCCACGACCUGCAGAGAGAAGACCCAGGAGUCACCUCUGCCUCUGUGCUCACCAAGGAUGGUACACGGGUAGCUAACAGCACCUCUAUAGACAGUCUCCUGGACAAAGACUUCCAGCUCCUCAUCAAUGAUGCUGUAUACAACAUCCACUCCCCUGAAAGAGAGGCGUCCAGUGUGUCCAGUGAGCAUGUGGUGGACGUGGAGGACAUGAAGCACAUGGUGCAGCUGCUCCACACGGCCCUCCACCUGCCUGACCACCACCUGCUGAAGGAGAGGCAGCUGCUGGAGAGACUGGAUGGACUCAAACAGGACCUCUCACCUCUGGAACAGGUGAAGGCACAGCUGGCGCGCAGUGCAGAGUUCCACUCCUCCAGGACUCUGUGGACAGGUGUGGCCCUGCUCUCUGUGCAGGGCGGGGCCUUGGCCUGGCUCACCUGGUGGGUGUACUCCUGGGACGUCAUGGAGCCCGUCACCUACUUCCUCACCUACUGCACCAGCAUCGGAGUCUUCUCCUACUAUGUCCUCACCAAGCAGGAUUAUGUGUAUCCAGAUGCCAAAGACAGGCAGUUCCUGUAUUACUUCCACAAGGGUGCCAAGAAGGAGCGCUUCAACGUGCAGAAGUACAAUGAGCUGAGAGAGGAGUUGGCUUCGGUGGAAGAAGAUUUGAGACGUCUAAGGAAUCCAACCCAACUUCAGCUCCCUGUAGAACAGAUCCAGAGCCAGCCAUGAAGAGCAGCACCACACACACACCGUCAAACUGAAGGACUACUGAGCAGCAGCAUUUCCCCAUUUAUUUUGAUAACAAUGCAUUUUUCUUACUAACCCUGCAGAUCAUUUUAGAGUUUUGGUUUACAAUAUUGGAAGUCAUUUGUGGUAAUAGAAGUAUAGUAAUAAAUAUCAUAUGAGAAAGCA